AUGGGUGACUGGAGCUUCUUGGGAAACAUUUUAGAAGAAGUCAACGAACACUCAACGGUAAUCGGGAGAGUGUGGCUGACGGUGCUCUUCAUCUUUCGGAUUUUAAUCCUGGGGACGGCAGCCGAGUUCGUAUGGGGGGACGAGCAGUCGGAUUUUGUGUGCAACACCCUGCAGCCGGGUUGCGAGAAUGUCUGCUACGAUGAGGCGUUCCCCAUCUCUCACAUCAGACUCUGGGUGCUCCAGAUCAUCUUCGUCUCCACACCCUCACUGGUGUAUGUGGGCCAUGCUGUGCACCAUGUUCACAUGGAGGAGAAGCGCAGGGAGCGAGAAGAGGCGGAGGCGAACCGCCAGCAGGAGAUGAACGAGGAGCGGUUGCCUCUCGCACCCGACCAAGGCAGUGUCCGGACCACCAAGGAGACCAGCACCAAGGGCAGCAAGAAAUUUCGUCUGGAGGGCACCUUGCUGAGGACCUACAUCUGCCACAUCAUUUUUAAGACCCUCUUUGAGGUGGGCUUCUUGGUUGGUCAGUACUACCUCUACGGCUUCAGCAUCUUGCCACUGUACAGGUGCGGUCGCUGGCCAUGCCCCAACGUUGUGGACUGCUUUGUCUCACGUCCCACUGAGAAAACAGUGUUCAUCAUCUUCAUGGUGGCGGUGGCCUUUGUCUCCCUCUUCCUCAACUUUGUGGAGAUCAGCUACCUGGGCCUGAAGAAGAUCCGCUUUGCCUUCCAUAAGCGGCCCCAGCAGCAAGCACAGGGGCUGGUCUGUGAGAAGAACCUGCCUUCCAUUAUGGCCCCCGCCAUCCAGAAAGCCAAGGGCUACAAACUGCUGGAGGAGGACAAGCCUGUGUCUCACUUUUUCCCCCUGACAGAGGUAGGCAUGGAGGAGGGCAGGCUCCCCACGCCACUGCCAGCUUUUGAGGAGAAAGUCGAAAAGACGGAGUCCAAAGUGUACGAUGAAACCUUGCCCUCCUACGUUAAGACCACUGAGCCUGAGGUUGAGGUCCUGCAGGAGGAAGAAGAAGAUGAGCAAGAUGAGCAGGAAGACGAAGACGAAGACGAAGAUGAGGAAGAUGACGACGAGGAGCCCUCGGCCGAAGCGGAGGUAGACGCGACCGAGACGAUAGAGGACACUAGACCCUUGAGCAGCCUGAGCAAAGCCAGCAGCAGGGCAAGGUCAGACGAUUUGACAGUAUGA